GUGCGGGUCUACAACAUUCAGUAGUACCCAGCCAAGCACGUGUGUAGCACGUAUGGUACAUCACUCAGUACCUGUCUUAUAUUAAUACUUUCCACAGCCUUAACGUGCAUACUGGAAAUGUUGUGAGAACACAAGUGCGGGUGAAGGUACAGGUGUUCUGCUGUGGUGACAUACACAGGUGUUUGCUGAAGACAGGGAUACUAGAACUGAUCGACUUAUUGGUCGGGAUAGGGACGAAUUUUUUAUUUUAUAAGAAGUUUUGUAGAGUGAAAAGAUGAAAACGGAUUUGACAGUAAGGUUGAUGAUUGCGUCAGUGGUGGUGUGCGGCACAUGUCAGGCAGCUGUGGAUAUGGUGCGGCUGUGGCGUGCUGGGGGAAGUACAUCCGUCACCUCCUCCACCCUGGCCUGGAUCUCUGACACAGACAAGCUACCUGAGCACGCUGUUCCCAUCAGCCUGAGCAGCAGCACGGGGCCCUACUGGUGCCGGGGCAGACACCGGGGCACAUACGUCCCUGGCUCAUUCGGAAAAGAUAAUAUCUGUGUCAUCCCCUUCUUGAAGGGAAUACACCAUCUGGAUAAGUUUGAUAUCCUGGUGUCACUCAAUGGAUCCGCGCGGUUGCACCUGCAACCCUGGGAUGGUUUCAUGGCGAAGCCUGAUAACGCUGUCUUGUCCCCGAACAUGAUGUUGGCGGUAGCCCCGUUGGACUCAAGUCCAGAGGCUGCCUUGAUGGCGGGCCACGUGGGACUGGGAAUGAAGGACCGUCGCGCCAUCCUCAUUGAUGACGAUACUAUAAGACGCGUGGAAAAAGCGAAUAUUGUAGUGGAGGAAGAACCUGUCAGUUACUCUCUAGGAAAUAUCGUCUUGGAUGACUCCAAGGAUACGAUGACAGAACACAAGGUUUUGCUGAAGACAGUCACGAUGGAGAAUCCUGGAGAGGAAGACGAGGAGGUAUCGAAGCUGGUUACGUACGAGGCUCGUGAGAAACAGUAUUGGGGGCGCGUCAAGGGCACCGUCACAGCCCUCAGGGCCAUCAUCACCAACCCUAAGGAGGCGCCCGUGGCCAUGCCCUCCCCCGAGAAGCCUCUGACCCUCAUGUGGGGCAUCAACAACAACCUGGCGAGAGCUGAUACCAUCACUCUGGUGCACACUUUGCCUGCCGGUGUGGGCGUCGAGGUGGAACUGGAGGGUAGAGUGAGGCAUUACGAAGCACCUUACACUGCCACUCUAACGGCACACUACGCAGACAGCACCCAGCAGGCUCGUAACAUCGUUUCACUACACACCCACGAGGCGCUGGUAGCCGUAGCUGCCAUGUACAAACGAUACUAUUACAUCGAGAAUGGCACUGACAUCGAAAUGCCCGAAGUUGCUGACAUUCUCUACGAGCUCACCACUACCACCACCACUACUACUACUACUACUACCACAACUACUACCACUACCACAACUACAACAACGCCUCCUACGACGACAACCACAGAACCACCCACCACCACGGAAGAACCUUUCUCCGAACCCUCCACGGAGCUACAAACCGAGCCCGUGGUGGACGUUUCGUGGCACCCGGAAUCUGAGUCACUGUCCAAGGGAACGGACACGGUGUUUCAGCGGACUGUAGCAGCCCCUACGGAGGACGAGAACAGCCAGGCAGUGACCACCAGACCAGCGGACCGCAUCCUCUCAGCUCUCGCCUCCAUCUUUACUACUAUCAUCCUCCGUUACUACUCCACCUUCCCUGUAGUGUGACACUUCUCCACCUUAUCACCCACUCCACUUCUUCACCCAUCCAUGAAGUAACCCA